UAUAUACAGAUGACAGUGUGUAAAUGACGCCAAACUGACAAAAUUGCAUCUAGGAACGAAGACUUUUCAAUGACAAAGUUUCCGACACCUUCUAAUGAUGGCAUCUCCUGAAACGGAUCAAGGCCAACAUUUUGUGGAGUGUGAUCUCUGCCAGAAACCAGUCUCGUUCUUCUGCAGACGAUGUGGAUCCAACCUCUGUGACGCUUGUGUUCCUGUUCACUUACGUUUAAAAUCGAAAACAGGCCAUGAAGUCGUGGAUUAUGGCAGCAGGAGUGAUGACCACACCAAUUUUUGUGAUUCUCACCCAAAACACAAAUGCUCUGCGUACUGCAAAACUUGUGAUGCUCCGAUAUGCAUGCUUUGCAUUUCUCUCACACACAAAUCGCACGAAUUAUCCGAUCUGUCCGAUAGAAUAGAACAACUUUUAAAUGUCAUCACGAGGGAAAAUGAUCGACUUCAGUCAAACAAACGUGAAAUAGAAGCAGUUCUCUAUCAAACGAGUGAACAUUUGUCAUCGCUACCUUCGUUUUACAAUCAGAGGAAAGAAAGAGUUACAGCACUGGGGGAAGAGUGGCACAAACAGAUUGAGAAAACUGUUAUAACGCUGCGCCAGAAACUGGACGAAAUGCAGAAGGAGCACGAAGCAAUACUUCAGAAACAAAAGAAGGAGUUGGAAGAUAUGGUCAGAAAAGUCGAUGAAAUAAAUAGAAAAGCGACAACAUUACGAUAUUCAAAAAACGUCAUGGAGAUGCAAACUCUGGUAGCAGAGAUUGAAAAUCCGGAAAUAUUGAGUGAAUUCUCAAAUUAUACGCUUCCAACUUUCCGUGAAUGUAAAAUAGAUGCAAAUUACAUGCAAACUUAUUUCGAACACGUUGAUAAAAUGCAAGGACAAAUGAUCUCAUUCUUAGAGAAGAAAUUCAAAGAAAAAUGUUUCUCUGGUAGAAAAAUAUUAAACUCGCCAAAGAUUAUUUCUGCUCUGGACUCUGGCUUCCCAGCUGAUAAAGUUUGUAAGAAUCGCCUGUAUGACAUGGCCGUUACCGACGAUAACAAAGUGUGGAUGGGAGGACAUAGCAAAGAACUGAAGCUGUUUGAUCUCCAAGAAAACCUCCACCACACUGUCAGUAUUACUUGCAAAGGUCUGUACUUGUGUAUGUACAACAAGCAAGUAGUGUACAGUGAUAUCAAAAGCAAAGCCGUGAAAAGGUUAUCUUUAACUGGGACUGAGGCGACGAUGUUUACAACCGGAGACUGGUUUCCUCGUGGAAUCACGAGCACCUCGUCCGGCAAUCUGCUGGUCUGCCUCGAUAAAGACGGUGUAUCCAAAGUGGUUCGAUACAGCAGUACAGGGACCGUGCUCCAGGAAAUCCAGUACGACUCUCAUUGCCAACCUCUUUACAAAGAGGCCACUUAUAUCACUGAGAAUAUCAACGGAGACGUCAUCGUUACUGAUUGGAAGAAAAAUGCCGUCAUCGUUGUCGAUGAAUUGGGCAUAUUCCGGUAUUCAUACUUGGGGAGGGACAAUUAUUUCGUUGUUUCUUCGGUAGCGACCGAUUCUGACGGCCAGGUCAUCGUUACAGAUUAUGGCGGGAAUCGGAUUCACAUGUUAGACAUAGGCGGGCAAUUCCUGAGAUACGUCAUUCCUGAAGGAGGAGUAAAAAGACCUCGCGCCAUCUGUAUCCUUGGUAACGGUGAGAUGUUAGUUGGAGGAAAUCUAGAUGGUGUCGCAAAGAGAAUCAGAUACUUAAAAGAAUGAUAUUUUUUCAGUGUUUUACAACUGACGAAUUGUAUACUUGUAUACACUGAACGCAGCGCCCGGUUUUAUCUUCACGCGUUAAGACUUAACAAUCUGAAGUGGAGUAUGAUGAAGUAGAGAUGAACAUUAUUGCAGGAAUGAUAGUGUUGAUGAAAUAAGGAAUAAAAACUUUGAAGUGCUAACAUUUGGAAAAAUGAUAGUACUGGCUAUUGCUAUCUAAAUGUUAAAAAGAUGGCGACUAUCGGAAGAAACAUACUAUAUAUAAAUGGCUGCUUGUAAACGUGUUAUGUGCAGUGUGUGCCUUUUGGAGGGGGUGGGGAUGGGGGAUGGUUACAAUCUUUAACUAUUAAUUACAAACAAUGAAACACAUACUAAUAGUUUUUGAACAGCACUUAAUAUAUUCAAAGAAUUGUUGAUCAUUUUCUGUGCACUAUAAUAAAAAAAGAUUUGGCUCCACUUUAAGAAAUGGUUUAUUUAAUGCAUGUAUCCCAACAAAGGAGAAUAUGUACGAUACUUAAAAGCAUCAUAGUAAUUUGUU